UUCUCCUGUAGUUGGUGUUGGCCGCGCUUCCGUCUCCGCGGACCCCGGCCGUGCCGCUCACGCGGCCUCCGGAGACCUCCAGGAUGUCUGCGAUUCCCGCAGAAGAGAGCGACCAGCUGCUGAUCCGACCCCUUGGAGCUGGCCAAGAAGUAGGAAGAUCAUGUAUUAUUCUGGAGUUCAAAGGAAGAAAAAUAAUGCUGGACUGUGGGAUCCACCCUGGCCUAGAAGGAAUGGAUGCUCUCCCUUAUAUUGACUUGAUUGACCCAGCUGAGAUUGAUCUCCUGUUAAUUAGUCAUUUCCACUUAGAUCACUGUGGAGCAUUGCCCUGGUUUCUACAGAAGACAAGUUUCAAAGGAAGAACAUUUAUGACACAUGCCACGAAAGCUAUUUAUAGAUGGCUUCUAUCAGACUACGUCAAAGUUAGUAACAUAUCAGCAGAUGACAUGCUGUACACUGAGACAGAUUUGGAAGAAAGUAUGGACAAAAUUGAAACCAUCAACUUCCACGAAGUUAAGGAAGUUGCAGGAAUCAAGUUUUGGUGUUACCAUGCAGGCCACGUCCUGGGAGCCGCCAUGUUCAUGAUUGAGAUCGCGGGUGUGAAGCUUUUAUACACAGGAGAUUUCUCAAGACAAGAAGAUAGACACCUAAUGGCCGCUGAAAUUCCUAAUAUUAAACCCGAUAUACUUAUCAUUGAAUCUACGUACGGGACCCAUAUCCAUGAGAAGCGCGAAGAGCGAGAAGCACGGUUCUGCAACACUGUCCACGACAUUGUGAAUAGAGGGGGCCGAGGCCUCAUUCCUGUCUUUGCACUGGGAAGGGCUCAGGAGCUGCUCUUGAUUCUAGAUGAGUACUGGCAGAACCACCCUGAGCUGCACGACAUCCCCAUCUAUUACGCGUCCUCAUUGGCUAAGAAGUGCAUGGCUGUGUACCAGACGUAUGUGAAUGCCAUGAAUGACAAGAUCCGAAAGCAGAUCAACAUCAAUAAUCCCUUUGUUUUCAAACAUAUCAGCAACCUGAAGAGCAUGGACCACUUUGAUGACAUCGGCCCCAGUGUAGUCAUGGCCUCUCCAGGCAUGAUGCAGAGUGGCUUGUCCCGUGAGUUGUUUGAGAGCUGGUGCACCGAUAAGAGGAACGGCGUCAUUAUUGCAGGGUACUGUGUAGAAGGCACGCUUGCCAAGCAUAUCAUGUCUGAGCCUGAAGAAAUCACUACCAUGUCUGGACAGAAGUUGCCGCUGAAAAUGUCGGUUGAUUACAUUUCUUUCUCUGCUCAUACAGAUUACCAGCAAACCAGUGAAUUUAUUCGUGCUUUGAAACCGCCUCAUGUGAUUUUAGUCCAUGGGGAACAGAACGAAAUGGCCAGACUGAAAGCAGCACUGAUUCGAGAAUAUGAAGAUAACGACGAGGUUCACAUAGAGGUUCACAACCCUCGGAACACAGAGGCAGUGACCUUAAACUUCAGAGGGGAAAAGCUGGCCAAGGUCAUGGGCUUUUUAGCAGACAAAAAACCAGAACAAGGCCAGCGAGUCUCAGGAAUACUUGUUAAAAGAAACUUUAACUAUCACAUACUUUCUCCUUGUGACCUGUCCAAUUAUACUGACCUGGCCAUGAGUACUGUGAAACAGACGCAAGCCAUUCCGUACACCGGGCCCUUUAAUCUGCUUUAUUACCAGCUACAGAAAUUGACAGGUGAUGUAGAAGAGUUAGAAAUUCAAGAAAAGCCUGCUCUGAAAGUGUUCAAAAAUAUUACUGUGGUUCAGGAGCCGGGCAUGGUGGUCCUGGAGUGGCUGGCAAACCCUUCCAAUGACAUGUAUGCGGACACCGUGACAACCGUGAUUCUGGAAGUUCAGUCAAAUCCGAAAAUACGGAAAGGUGCCGUGCAGAAAGUUUCUAAGAAGCUAGAGAUGCACGUUUACAGCAAGAGGCUGGAGAUCAUGCUCCAGGACAUAUUUGGAGAAGACUGUGUCAGUGCAAAGGACGACUCCUUCCUGAGCGUCACAGUGGACGGGAAGACAGCCAAUGUUAACUUGGAUACCCGGGUAUGGACCUGCUCCUGUGUUUCAGGACUUGCAUAGUAAUCUGUGACACACGCCUGUUUUUAUUCUUGCAGUUCAGCAUUUUCUUCCAGUGAGGUUUUCCCCAUUCCUCUUUACAUAGUGGUGUUUAUUCCUAUCACAUGCGGAGUCUUCCCACAUUUUCCCCUGGCUGCAUGGUCCUCUUCCCGGGCACACGGCUCCCUGGCAUGCCUUUUCCAUAGCGCUAACUCGCCUUGGCCUUUCUCCAGUUGAUAUCCAAUUGGUUCUGGAUGUUUGAGGGAAGCAGCUCCUCUGUUCCGCCAGCAAGGUCCAGGUGGCUGCGUGCACUGGGGCCUGCUCUUGCUCAUAGCACAGCUUGCCUAAUAAUUGUGAGAUAAACAGGAAGGUAGCUCUUUUCCUUAUAGGGGUGCAUCUAGUAUUUCUACUAAACGCAGUCUUUUUGUAUAAUCACUUGUGCAGAAUGCUUUGAGAAAACACUACAUCUGUUUGACCACAAUAGAAAAAGAAGAAUUUGAACCAGGUAAUUUACCAGAGAAGUGAGUAACCAAAAACUUCUCAGAAACCCUAAUAGAGGAACUGACAGGAACUGUCACUGCUGAAAUGGCCCCAGAGGGAGAGAUGAAUCAGGGACCUUAGAAGCAGCAGCAGCAGUUACGCUCAGGUGCCACUGGGGGGGCGUGAGUGGAAGUUAAAUGAGGUGGCACCUUCCUUCUGCUGGAUGCUGUGAGGCCUUCACCCACAGUUAAUUCCACUUGCUGGCUUUAACUAAAGAAAACAAUUACACGAAUGAGGAAAGACAUCUGCACUGAUGUCUAGUUUAACAUUUAUAAAACAGAAAAGAGCUGUCUGUCACCUGGCUUUGUGCAUGCAAGUGUGCGAGGCCCUGCAAAAAAGGAAAAAGAACCCAAAAUAUCCAAGAGGAAUAGAUGAUAACAAGUGUGUGUGUGUGGUGUGGCGUGCGCUUACACUCGGGGCGCCUCAGGCGCAGCCAUCGAGGGCGAUGGUGGGGAAUCCUUCAUGUGCAGGCUGUGCACCGCACGUCUCUGAGGAAAGUUACAAGAGAAUACAUGAGAUGCAAAUUAUCCCCCUUAAAA